GUGACGGACGGGCGGGCGGUGGAGCUCCGCCCGUCCCUCCGCCGGUCCUGACGUCAGCGGCCGGCCGGCCGGCCGGACCGGCCGCGGCUGGUGGUGGACACCGGGGGCCCGUGGGUUGCUGUGCGGCGGGCCGCCGACCGGCCCUCUACCGCGGCGCCGAGUGGCGACACCUCGCAGAGUCUGAGCGGAGCCGGGCCCGAUCGGCCGGCGUCUCCCGAGCCGCUGCUGUCCAGAGGCCGCCGCUCAGUCGCGUGGACAGAGGCACGGGCCGACGGCGAGUUUUUAUCGAGUGACUGCGUGAGACGACUCUGGUGCCUGGUGAGCGGUUGCGUUUCAGUGUUUUACGAGUUGCAGAAUGUGUCCUCGGCGGCCGGGCUCUGCGUAUGCGUAUCGAUAAACAGACUGGCCCUGGCUGUCAAAGGAUCUGGGACGCGUCUUCCUGGAGUGAGAGGCCUUUUCCGACAGUCGGAGAGCUCGGACAGACUACCAAGUGCCUAACGGUGAAAACGGUGCCCUAAGGACGGAGUGCCUUUUGAACAGCGAACCUGAGCGUUAUCGGUCAGAAUUGACUGCGUGUGCCUGCCGAACAGUGCCGAUCUCCAGAUGGUCGAAACCAAGUGUCUUUCAUUGAAACCGCAGAAACAAGACUGCAUAUUGCAAUAGAGUGUUUGUCGGACGGAAUACUUGUGAAGAAAUGUUGAGUGACUGUUGAAGUGAGACUCGGUCGGUCAGAGACGGCGCAUUCCUGAUCCAUGCUCACAGGUCGAAGCCUUUGUGUUCCGUGAUACCGGUUGCUCAUUGUGUUCUCAUCUUACCUGCAGCUGCCCUCGGUUCUACGGGGCUACAUACAGCGGGUCUUGCUAGUGAGCCCCAGCUGUCCCACCUCACCCACAGAAUCUCCGAUCCAUCAUCCCGCUGUCUUCAGUUCUGAUCCCGUCUCCAGCGGCCCAACACUGUCUCAGCAGCUUUGAGCUUCGAUUCCUUUCCCAGCAGCUUGGGUCCCUCCUCUUGCUGUCUUACCAGCUCCGACCCCUUCCCAGCAGUUCCAGCUCCUGCUCUCAUAGUCCCAGCAGCUCUGGUCCCGUCUCAGCAGCUACGGUUCUUCCGGCCAUCCCAGCUCCGCACGGCUCACGGCCGUCUGCUGAUCGUUUAGCGGCGGCCGGAUCUGCUGAGCGUGUCUGAACAGCCGGCGCAGGAUGGCUGUGCCGGUACCCAAGGGCGAGGACUUUGGCCGCCGGCAGCGGUCGCGGCGCACGCUGGUGCUCGCCGCCGUGUUCCUCGUCUACCUGGCGCUCGGCGGCGUCGUGUUCGGACGACUCGAGGUCUACGAGAAGGAGCGCACCGUGCUGCGCACAGAACCCGCCUGGCGCGCGCUGAAAGAUCACCUCAACGUGACAGAGAGUGCCGGCAUCCAGGAACAGCCGCCGCCAGCAGACGACCCUGCCGUGGAGCGGACGGGGUCAGAGCAGGACCCGAGGUCGCGUCUCGAGUCUGAGUCAAACUCCAAGUCAGACAAUGAGUCAGACACAGCCUCAAGGCCGAAACCUAAGUCAGAAUCGGACCCUAGGUCAGCCCCUGCAGCAGAGUCAGACUCCAGGACAAGCCCUGAGUCAGUGACUGACUCGAAGUCGAGUCCUGACUCGGAGUCGGACUCAUGGACAGCUCUGAAGGCAGCUGCCGUGGCCAAGUGCGAUCCAGAGACGGCGGCAGAGAUCGAGUCACUGCUGGACGCGGCGGCGGAGGGCAAUGUCAGCUCGCUGGAGACGGCCACAGAGCGCUGCGGACCCGGCGCGCUGCUCACCACGGUCGAGCUGGUCGAAGUCAACUGGAGCUUCAUUGACGCCUUCUUUUUCUGCAUGACCGUCAUCACGACUAUCGGCUACGGUCACAUCUCGCCGUCGUCGGCGGGUGGCCAGAUUUUCUGCAUCUUCUACUCUCUGCUGGGCAUCCCAAUCAGCGGCCUGCUGCUGGCCGGCCUCUCGGACUUCUUCGCCGGAAACCUGCUCAACUUCUACGACUCCAAGUGGCAGAAGAGAUGGGGCGAAUCCAGAUGGAGUCUGGCCGGUUUCACGGCUCUGUACCUGCUGGUCGGCUUCCUGCUGUUUGUGUUCGCCCCGGCCGUGGUGUUCACCUGGCUCGAGGGCUGGAACUACCGCGAGUCCGUCUACUACGCCUUCAUCACACUCUCCACCAUCGGAUUCGGAGACUACACCGCAGCGAUCGCGAACGACGACGCCUGGACCACCGUCUACAAGGUGUUUGUUAUGCUCUGGGUGCUGAUCGGCCUCGGCUACUGGGUGCUCGUGCUCAACUUCCUACAGAAGGCGCUCAAGUCCAAGGAGGUGGUGGCCGGCCUGCGACAGACCUCCAAGCUGAUCGCCAAGGAGGCUGAGGACAUCCGGCAGGCUUUGGUCGACGCCGGCAUCCUGCAACGUGACGCCGUCUUUGUGCCUGAGCACUCUAAGAUGACCAUGAACCUGAUGAUGAACAUGAGUUCGAUGUUGGCGGUCGGUGGCCCCCACGCGGACGGGGCGGGGGCAGAGGCCGGCGCCCCGGCGCCGCACCUCGGCGAGGUACGCGGCAUCCACUCGAUGGGCGCCUCGUUGCGCUCUAACAGUCUGCUCAGCGCGCUGAUGGCCUCCCUGCCGCCGUCUGCCGCGGCCGCGCCCCAGACGCCGGCGGCCGCCCCGGUCACAGCUGAGGGCGCCGCCGCACUGACGCCCCUGCUGGAGCAGCGUGCAGAGGAGAGCUCUGUAGAGCAGCGUGCAGAGGAGAGUGCCGGGGGCGAGGGCACGGAGGAGGGCACUGGGGGCGAGGGCACGGAGCAGAGUACUCGGGGACAGGGUACAGCUGAGAGUCCUGCGGACCAGCGCACAGAACCAGAAGAGAGCCCCGUCUGAGCUACUGGGACAGUCGUGGCCGUCUGAGCUGCUGGAUUGGCCCGGCGUCCCGUUUUAGGUGAUGGGACAGCCCUGGAAUUCCGUGUGAGGUGGUGUGAAUGUGCUAAAUAUGUAAGUCCCGAUUGACUUGGUGGGCUACCUUGGAUGUCCGUCGAAUUGGAGGGGAAGUAUGCUGAGCCUCGUUUGUUCCGAGAGCCCCUAGGCUGGCCUGAUUGUCGAGGGCGCAAUAAGACAGUGCCAGAUAUCCCCCGCAGGUGAGCGAAAGCGGAUAUGAAACUUUUUGAGGUAAACUUUCAUUCCACAUCGACUCGAGUUGUUUGUUUUAGAACUUCUCUUUUCUUACUGUCAAAUGAGAACGUAGGAUUUAGAAGGGUUGUAUGUAGAUUUGCUAUUGCUAUUCUUUGGCUAUUCUUGUAGUUUGUUGAAGAUGACGCGCUUUUUCAUGCGUUAUUUUAAGAUCUUAGAAGCUUGACGAAUCACUAGUGUGCCUAUCAACCGUUUAGAGAAAUCUUUUAAAUCCUGAUAAGAUAUGUGCAUGCGUUGGGAUAUCAGAUUCGGACAAUAGGUACUGAACGAGACAUAUGAAAUAUUUUGAAUAUCAUUAAGUAACUAUGUGUUAGGAUCCAUGACAACGUGUUGAAUUUGAAUACGUGUUUUGACUGCUUUGUAUAUUUGCACUCUGCUCAAGCAAUGGUGCUGAACUGAAAUGACUGUGUCGGUUUUGAGAGCAUUGAGUAUUGAUAAUAAUACAUUUUUUUAAAA